AUGUCCAAGCCUGGACAGUUUCGAGCUGAUCUCCCUGAGCUUGCUCGCCAUCUGGUCAUUAAUGGCCCUCACAGAAUCCAAAGCACUCCCCGACGCGUUCGAGUCAUCCUAAAUCAAGCGUACAUUGUUGACACAACCAACGCAAUCCAUGUGUGGGAGCACGUUGCCUACCCGCAGUAUUACGUGCGUAUGUCGGAGCUCCAAAACUGCAGUUGGAAAGACAAGCAAGACGUUUAUUCUGCUGGAGAUUCGUCAAUCGUUGCGGCCCAUGUGGUCGAAAUCACUAUUCCAGGGCAGAACGGUACCAAGGAUUUAGUGACCGACCGGGUCUUACGAUUCUCUGAUGAUGAGGAAAUCAGUGGGGCACUGAAAGGCCUGGUAAGACUGGAAUUUGGGAGUAUGGAUCAAUGGUUGGAAGAAGAAACGCCCAUUUACGUUCAUCCAAAAGACCCUUUCAAACGCAUCGACAUUCUUCCGUCUUCGCGACCCGUCGAGGUCAAAGUUGCUGGAAGGAGCGUUGCUAAGGCCAACUUUGCCGUCCAUUUGCUAGAAACAGGCUUGCCUACGAGGUACUACCUUCCAUUGGCCUCAGUUGAUCAAUCGGUACUUCGGAAGAGCGAACUACUCUCGAAAUGCCCGUACAAAGGCGAUGCAGAAUACUACCACAUUGUGGUCAACGGCGAAGAGCACAAGGAUCUUGUCUGGUACUACAGGAAUCCGACGCAUGAGAGUGCAGGCGUAGCCGGUUUAUUAUGUUUCUACAACGAGAAGGUUGACAUCUUCUUGGAUGGUCAGCUUCUGGAAAGGCCCGUAACUUUCUUCUCCUGA